AAUACUACUAUAUAUUCAUGUGCUCACAUGGGUUCCCUUUGAGGGAGAUCAAGAAGAAAGCUACCAAAGACACUCACUUUUUUUUUAAGAUUUCUUACCUUUGUUGUUUACUUUGCUACUGUUACCACCAUUAAGAACUUUCCAUAAGAGCAUCACAACGGCCACAACUACAAGGACAAGUAAGGAAACUGGUUCAGGAUCCAUCAUGCCUCAGAACUGCAUAGCACCAAGGCCUGAAGAAAAUGGUGAAGCCAUGGUACAAGGUUUGACAGAUAUGUCGGAAACACAGAGCAAGUCUUCCCAAUCUGGUAUCCAGCUUUCCAUGUACCCCAUAACUCUCAAGUUUGAGGAGGUUGUGUACAAGGUUAAGAUAGAGCAGACAAGCCAGUGUUUAGGAUCAUGGAGCUGCAAAGAGAAGACAAUUCUGAACGGAAUAACGGGUAUGGUUUGUCCAGGAGAGAUUCUAGCUAUGUUAGGUCCAUCAGGCAGUGGCAAAACCACUCUUCUAUCAGCUCUCGGGGGACGCCUCUCCAAAACUUUCUCGGGGAAAGUCAUGUACAACGGUCAGCCUUUCUCUGGUUGCAUCAAGCGGAGAACAGGGUUUGUUGCUCAGGAUGACGUUCUGUACCCACACCUCACGGUUUGGGAGACUCUCUUCUUUACAGCACUUCUACGGCUACCAAGCAGUUUGACCAGAGACGAGAAGGCUGAGCAUGUGGACCGAGUUAUCUCUGAACUGGGAUUGACUCGGUGUACAAACAGCAUGAUAGGAGGACCACUGUUCAGAGGAAUCUCAGGAGGGGAGAAGAAAAGGGUCAGCAUUGGUCAAGAAAUGCUGAUCAAUCCUAGCUUGCUUCUUCUUGAUGAACCAACUUCAGGUCUUGAUUCAACCACUGCUCAUCGCAUAAUGACCACAAUAAAACGGCUAGCUUCUGGGGGAAGAACAGUCGUCACCACCAUUCAUCAGCCAUCAAGCCGCAUAUACCAUAUGUUUGACAAGGUGGUUUUGCUGUCUGAAGGUAGUCCUAUUUAUUAUGGCCCUGCAUCUUCUGCUAUGGAAUAUUUCAGCUCUGUUGGAUUCUCUACUUCCAUGACAGUUAACCCAGCUGACCUUUUACUUGACCUUGCAAACGGAAUACCACCUGAUUCUCAAAAGGAGACGACAGAACAAGAACAGAAGACAGUAAAAGAAUCCCUUGUUUCAGCUUAUGAUAAGAACAUAUCCACCAAACUGAAAGCUGAACUCUGCAAUGCAGAUUCCCAUAGUUAUGAGUACACCAAAGCUGCUGCAAAAAAUAUCAAGUCAGAACAGUGGUGCACAACUUGGUGGUACCAGUUCACUGUAUUGCUCCAAAGAGGGGUCAGAGAGAGGAGAUAUGAAUCUUUCAACAAGCUCAGGAUUUUCCAAGUCAUCAGCGUGGCUUUCCUUGGUGGCCUUCUAUGGUGGCAUACUCCAAAAUCUCACCUUCAAGAUAGAACUGCUUUGCUCUUCUUCUUCUCAGUUUUUUGGGGGUUCUACCCGCUAUACAACGCGGUUUUCACAUUUCCACAAGAGAAGAGAAUGCUAAUCAAGGAGCGGUCUUCCGGAAUGUACCGUCUUUCCUCCUAUUUCAUGGCUAGAAACAUUGGAGACUUGCCCUUAGAGCUGGCCCUUCCAACUGCUUUUGUGUUCAUAAUUUACUGGAUGGGUGGGCUCAAACCUGACCCCGCAACCUUUAUCCUCUCACUACUGGUUGUUCUCUAUUCCGUCCUUGUUGCUCAAGGUCUUGGCUUAGCAUUCGGUGCUCUCCUUAUGAACAUCAAGCAAGCGACAACGUUAGCAUCUGUUACUACACUUGUGUUUCUCAUAGCUGGAGGGUAUUACGUGCAGCAAAUCCCUCCUUUCAUCGUAUGGCUCAAGUAUCUAAGCUACAGCUACUACUGCUACAAGCUGCUUUUGGGUAUUCAAUACACUGAUAACGACUACUACGAGUGCUCAGAAGGGGUCUGGUGCAGAGUUGGAGACUUCCCAGGAAUCAAAGCCAUGGGACUCAACAAUUUAUGGGUAGACGUGCUUGUUAUGGGAGUUAUGCUGGUGGGUUAUCGCCUCAUAGCCUACAUGGCACUGCAUCGUGUGAAGUUGAGAUAAAAAAAUAUAUAUAUAUGCAGCCAAAGGUAACCGCAAGAUGCUCCAUAGAAAAUUUUCUCCCCAUUGCAACCAAGGAAUAAUAUUAGUACUAGAAAAGAUUAAGUCGUCGAAUUUUGGUUGAUUUUUACUUAAGUAUCCGCGAGAUAUCCGACGACUAUCUUUUGUUUUAGGCUUUAGAUGAUGAUAAUUAUACUCCUAAGUUUGAGAAUAAAACAGUGAGAUGAUAAUGUAUGAGAUAAGAAAGGGAAGCCAAAGUAUAUACUAAUUCCCAUUUGCAAAAUAGUGAAACGAAAGUGACUAAACUUUCAAGUCCACUCUCCUAUGGAGAUGAGAGUGUUUUAUCUUUGUGGGGUUCCUUAAAACAUUCGGU